UUCGACAAUGUAGAGGUGGCGAAGUGUGUGCAUUUCUUGCUCAUUUUUGUCCGCUCUCAAGAUAAAAUAGCGAACAGUAAAAGGUACAAGAGUUCUUUAAUAAAUAAUCUUUCUACAGGUAGGAAUAAUUUGAAGAUAUUUCCAAGAUCUACAGCUAUUUUGAGCCACAAGAUUUUGGUGUUGACGCGUCGAAGUGGCGGCGUCCCCUUCGAGAACUGGACACAUUUGUUACUGAAAAACAUUGUAUUUGAUUUGAUUUAUAUAAUGUGGAUUCCGUGAAAUGAUACUCAGUACCUAAGUAUAAAGCACGAUAUGUUUAAAGCAGCAUUACUGAUGAAGUGAAACUGGAUUUUUUUGCAUUUUGUAAGAGCGCGGACUUUGGAGUAGGACUUUGACAGGAUAGAUUGUUUAUUAUUGCAAAAUCAUGUAUAUUUCGUUUAUAAACAUACACUUUGGAUCCAAAAUUGUUUAUGGACAGUGCUUUAAGGAUUCAUUCCUCAAUCUUGUGAUUUCAACAUCAAAAUCUUACGCCCUGUUCUAUGAUUCAAGCUUUUAAGUACAAAUGGAAAUGAAAACAGUGUGUUUGGAUAGAUAUUAUUUGUCUGUCAGAUAAUGGUCAUCAUUGUAUCGAUUUUUCUGCUGGUUAAACACUUAUCUGGUGGAUAGCACUUCUCCUUUGUUCAGCCCUACAAAAACCACCCCAUUUAUAAAUAACUAAUAUGCAUUAACAUGUUUUGAAUAAAGUAUACUCAUUCGUAUAAAUUAUUGGAAGUAUUUAUGUAUUUUAUUUCAUCAUGCCUUUGUUGGGUAUUCUUACACAUUGUUGAUAAGUGGUGUAAUGAUAGUAUUGUAUUGCGAACUUGCUUUUGACGUCUUCCUAAUAGCUAGCUACUAUAAUGUGGGCCAACGGAAACCAAUCCACACAGUGGUGGCCUAUGAAUUAUGGCUAUCAAUAUCCACCCCAAGAUUCAAGUGCUGACUGGGCCACCAGGGCUGCGUUAUGGGCUCAACAACGACAAGCACAGGAAGAUAUGAACAAGCAACAUCAAGAGUACUAUGCAUCAACUCAGAAACAUCCAAUCACUGAACCACCAUUACCAGACACUGACCCACCACCUCCCCCAGGGGAAUCAAUUGUUAUUCCACCAAAACCUGAACAUGAAGUUGAUAAUUUAGAGAGUGUUGCUAUGGAUGAUGAAUCCUUGGAUACCACAACACCUGAACAAGGAAUUGCAGUGACUCGACUAGACUAUAAUCAUGGCCAGCCAGUACCAUUACCUGAAGUAGGUCCACCACCACCUAUUCCUGGUAUGCAGACUUUUGAUCACAAUCAUGGCUUUACUCCUGCGUCAAGUGCACAAUCAUAUGGGCAUGUACCAGCGCAGAGGUUUGAUUAUGGCCAUCAGAGUCAUCAACCAUCAUCUAACCCUCCAGCAUCAUCACACUGGUAUGAUUAUGAUCAUGAUGAUCGUCAUCACAAAGAUUUUGAACCAGAACGGCACCAUUCCAGGGUUAGCAGAAACAAUGAACCAGUAGCACCCCAUGGAUUUGACUAUUCAACUUUAUCAGAUGUAAAGAAGAAAGCAUUGCCUCUUUGGAUUCGCGAGGGUUUAGAAAAAAUGGAACGUGAAAAACAGAAGAAACAAGAGCAAGAGUUAAAGAAAUCUCUGAACUCUUCGACAUCUUCACUGUCAACCAUUGCAGGAUAUGACCAUGGCAAUGUCCAUUCUCCUGUUCCUUCACCAACACGAGUUGAGUCAGAUGAAGAGCCAAUUAAAACUGAACAAGUUAAAAAACAAGAAAUUCAUCACUCUAAAGACAAGAAGACAAGUAAGCGUCAUUGGUCUCCUAAGAAAUCACUCAAAAGUGAUUCAUCAGAUGAGGAAGUAGAUAAUAAAAGUGAAUCUGAAAAACAACAAGAAAUGCUGGUAAAAAUGCGCACAAUGCUGACAGAGAUACUAUUAACUGUUACCAAUGAUGAACUUCAUAAUAUUGCUAAAGAGAGUUACAGUGAAGCAUUGACAGCUGAAAACAAGCAGUUGAGGAACUCUGGUGGUUUGGUUGUAUUAAAGAAUCCGGGAGCAUUGGGUGUUGGUGACUAUGGAUCAGACUCAGAAUCAAGUGAUGAAGAAACCCCAGAGCCAGAAGAAAGACACCAUGCUCCUAGCGAGCUCCCAGAAAAACCUAAACAAUCCAUCUCUCCUCUUAGAGAUCAGCAUGAAUAUAAAAGCUCCAGUCAGUCACGCUCUAGUUCUCCACGUCAUGGAACACCUAGUGAUGUAUCUGAUAGAGAGAGCGAAAGGUCAAGUUCAUCAAAAAAGAAAAAACAUCGUUCAAAACAUAAAAGAAAAGAUAGAAGUCGCAGUACUUCCAGGAGUAAACAUAGGUCACGGCGUAGCAAAUCAAGAAGUAAAUCUCCUAAAAAACGUAAAAAUAGAAAGAGGGAAAAAAGUAGAUCCCCUAGUGACUCUCGUAAAUCAAAACGUCACUCUCGUAGCUCUAGUAGAUCUCCAAGAAGACACAGAAAACACUCUGAAAGUGGCAGCAGGUCACCAAGCAGUAGGAAACACAGUAGAAGAAAGAGAAGUGAAAGUGAUUCGCCAAGAAGAAAACGUAGUCAUCGAAGUCGCAGUUCUUCUUCUGAUAGGCAUAGGGAGGGUAAGAGAGGACGCAAACGAAGAUCUCGCUCCAGAUCAAGGUGGUUUAAUCCUUCUGUUUUAAUGUUUAUUGUAGGUUUAAUAAUUAUCCAAGGUCUUGCCAAGUGGUAACAUUUUUCCCAUUUGUUCAUGUUUUCUCUUUUCUAUUCCCAUUUAUAUCAUGCUAUCCUACUUUUUCAUUCUCCCACUGCCUUCCAUUUUGUCCAUCUAUGUUUCACAACUAUUGUGUCAGAAUUCCUUUACAACUUUUCAAUUGUCUUUUGUAGGUCGUCAACUCCAAGACACAGGCGUCACUAACAAAAUACUAAGAACUCUUCUAUGGGUAUCUCUUGAUAUGACCCUUAUUACAAUUACAGGUUUAAGUAGGAUAAGGAAUAUGAAAAAAUAGCAAAUGCUGAGUGUCCUCAAAGACUGGGAGGAAAAGGGGAUGAAAAUUCCAGUGAAUUUCCCAUUUCAUACUUUGCUAUCCCACCCAUUUUAAAGUUUUCAACCACAACAACCAUACAUUGUACUAACAAACAUGAUUUUCCGUGUCCUUACAAAUAAAAUCAUUACAACAUUGGA